AUGGACCGAAAAUGGCGAACGAACCGGGCGGCCAUAUUCACGGUGGUGCCGUACGCCGAGUACUGCUCCCGCAUACUCCAGCGCACCGCGGAGUAUGAUCUGGCCACACCCUCAGAUCUGUAUGCCGUGUACACCGUGCUCCACAUCGAGAGCAAGACGUCAGAGCUGCACUGGAGCGAGUCUGGGGGUUUCUACUACUUCCUGGCCACCUGGAGCCAGGCUCCAGAACCUGAUCAGAUCAUCGUCCCCGUCGGCAGCGCCUGCACCAGCCUCACGCCCGCCCUCCUGCAGCGCUUCUUCUCCAUCCGUGGGGUGGCGGCCCAGCAGCUGCUGCUGGCCCUGGUGGAUGGGAAUGGCAUGGUCUCGCGGACCUGCCUCUUCAACUACAUCCAGGCACCCCUGGAGGGCCCCGGCACGGCUGACCUCGAUCUCCUGGACGACUGA